AUGGACGGCAUCAAGACGAGCGAGAAGAAGCGAGCAGCGCCUGAGUCGGCUGCUGGUCAUCUAGAGAAGAAGCCGAAGAGCGGCGAUGAGGUAGCGGACGUGAAGGCGAAGAUGGAGGCCAUCACUCGCAAGAAUCAGGAGACGUCGCCACUUCUACGCCUUCCUGCUGAGUUGCGGAAUCGGAUCUAUGAGCUUGCAAUCGGCGGUUACGAGAUUCACCCAGAAACAUGCUCCGAAUCCGACACUCUAGACAUGGAUUGCAGACAAUACAAUUCUAGCGAAAAGACGACUAUGAGUUGGGACAAAUUGUUCAAUUUGAGCUAUACUUGUUGUCAACUUCACGCCGAGACCAAGCUUCUUCCCUACCAAUUGAGUAUCUUCCAGAUUACCUACGCCGGUUGGUUCGAUUACUGGCUGUCUAUCAUCUCGGAAGAGCAGUUGGAAUGUAUCACGACUGUAUCCUUUAAGGGAGUCAAGAACUUGUCCACUAUCGAUACUAUACCUGAGAGGCUGGAUGAGUGCACGGGCCUGGAGAGACUCAUCUGUUAUGAUUCGCUUGGUCGAGAUGCGCGAGACUGCUUGAAAGAGUUCGUGCGCAGCAGGAAGGGUCUGCAGUGGCUCAAUGAGAAGGGCAACACAAAGGUUGCCAUGUUCCACGACCUGGACCCUUUCGGGCUGGACAGGGAAAUGGAGGAAUACACGGGGGAUGAUGAAGAGAUUUUCUCUGCGGAGGACAACUUAGAGAGUGAUCAGGACUUCGACUCCGAUUGA